AAAGAGUCCACUUUGACAACUGGACAAAGACCCUUAAAGGGUCCGAUGUUUGCUUUGGAUAUGAGCUCAUGUUUGGGGGACGAGAGAAGUUUGGGCUGAUGCCGGUCAAUGACGUCCUGUGGGCACGAUCUGGCGCACAGCCAUGGAACUGUCACGAAAGCUGCACUGGAUCCACGAACAGCCCUGGAGGGCCCGGGCCCGUCACAGGAAGUUCAACAGAGUGUCCUCCCGCUUCCCAGACAUCAUGGCUGCUGGCACUCACUCUCCUGGAGGGCCCAAUGGCAUCAUCAGGAGCCAGUCGUUCGCCGGCUUCAGCACCCUGCAGGAGAGACGCUCACGGUGUAACUCCUUCAUGGGGAACUCAGCAGUGCAGAAGAAGCCCAUCUCAAAGCCCAGGAAGCCCCAUCUGUCCGGGCACAAGUCCAGCAGCAGCAGCAGCUCACGAGAGCCGCAGCCCAAAAGAGUGGAAGAAGUUUACGGAGCCCUCAAACAAGGCCUGGAUGAAUAUCUAGAGGUGCACCAAACAGAGCUGGAUAAACUCACUUCCCUCAUGAAAGACAUGAAGAGGAACUCCAGACUGGGUGUGCUGUAUGAUCUGGACAAGCAAAUCAAGACCAUAGAGCGAUACAUGCGAAGACUGGAGUUCCACAUCAGCAAGGUCGACGAGCUGUACGAGGGCUUUUGUAUUCAGAGACGGUUGCGUGAUGGCGCCAGUAAGAUGAAACAGGCCUUCACUGCUUCACCCUCCACUAAAGGCACACGUGAGAGCCUGGCGGAGGUCAACCGCAGAUACAAAGAGUAUACAGAGAACAUGAGCACUUUUGAGGCCGAGCUGGAGAACCUGUUGGGGGAGUUUCAUAUCAAAAUGAAAGGAUUGGCUGGUUUUGCCAGGCUUUGUCCCGGCGAUCAGUAUGAGAUUUUCAUGCGAUACGGCCGACAGCGGUGGAAACUGAAGGGGAAGAUCGAAACGAACUCCAAGCAGAGUUGGGAUGGAGAGGAGAUGAUCUUCAUGCCCCUCAUUACAGACCUCAUCAACAUCAAGGUGACAGAGUUAAAGGGGUUGGCCACUCACAUCUUGGUGGGUAGUGUGAUCUGUGAAACCAAGGACUUGUUCACCGCUAUGCCUCAGGUGGUAGCAGUAGACGUCAACGACCUGGGAACCAUUAAACUUAACCUGGAGGUCGCCUGGUUUCCAUUUGAUGUAGAGGAUCUGACACUGUCCUCAGGAAACGUGAGUAAAGCCACCGCCCUUCAGAGACGAGUUUCAGUGUACAGCCAAGGCACACCCGAGACGCCCACUUUGCAGGACACGUCUUUCUUUUCCACUUUACCAGACGACGUCUUUGAGAACGGAGGCUGCAGUGUGGCCGAAUGCAAGCGCCUGUCCUUCACCUUCUCUGACACGCCCACCUCAAGCCCCACCCCCAUCCAGUCAAACCCUGAGAUCACCGUCACGCCCCCUGAGACGGACCCUCCCUCUGAACCAGCUCCAGCCUCUGAGGACCAGCCGGUUGAGGAGGAGUGUGUGGAGGAAGACUGCGGCAGUGUCAGCGAUCCAGACCUGGAGUGGGACCAGGCUGAGGCCCAGGGGCAUGGCACAGGCUCGACGGCCCACUCGCUGUGCUCCGAGAGUCAGCUGUCUGCGGUGGGACCCGAGGAUGUGGUGUUCUUGGAGCCCAACAUGCCUGAUGAAGCCCUGGAGCUGAAGCCGGUGGAGCUGGAUGGGGAGGAAGGCAGUCUGACCAGGCAGCUGGUGAGAAGGCUCACCUCCUCUGACAUGCUGCCCGAGGCCAGCACUGUGAGCUGGUCUGGAGAGAGCAGCAGGACCUUCCAGGAGAGCAGCCUGGAGGAGGCCAUUCAGUCCCUGCUCCUGCGGCUGGAGAGCUUAGGCCAGCGCUGCGGGGAGCUGCAGGACUUGGAGCAGGAGGUCAUGAGACUCGAAGAUAUGUUUAAGUGUCGGGUACCUGCUCAUAGGAGCCGUUCAUCCAGCCUCAGUUUGACAGUGGAGAGCGCUCUGGAAAGUUUCGACUUCCUCAACACCUCUGACUUUGAUGACGAUGACACAGGAGAUGAUGCUGCCACCCUCUCACACGCUGUCUUCUUUGACAUGGAGUCAGAGAGAAUCGGGUCAGGCCAACAUCCAGAAGCAAGAGGCCACCUGAGUGAAGCCCUCACAGAGGACACUGGUGUGGGGAACAGUGUGGCCGGCAGCCCGUUGCCUCUCACCACAGGAAACGAAAACCUAGAUGUGGCCAUUGUUGUUCAUCUACAAUACUGCAGUCAUCUCAUUCAGUUGUUGACCUCAGGAGGAAGCCAGUCGCAGCACAAGACAUACCUGCACAAACUAACAACUCAAACACUUCUGUUGGAGGAUCUCAGUGAGAAAAUCUUUGACAGACCGGGCAGCUGUAUUUUAGUGUCUGAUGUGUUGCCUGGGCUGGUGGAGCAUCCUGCGCUGAUGUCUCUGUGGUCUGACUGCAGUGGUGGUCUGUUUCAUACUACACUGGACCGAGUGCUGAAGCACAUGCAUCUCAGCUUUGCAUUACCACUGCAUCAGAUUCUGCCUCACUCUCCUGACUCAGUGAUCAGGAUGGUGGUGAAUGAGAUGAUGGACAGGAGCGAGCUGGCCUCUUCCUUGUGUCCAUCGCUGUCCCCUCUGGCACAGGAUAUCCUCACUGUGUUUCAGUUUCACCGUUACACUCUUGAACACGAUGUCACGGACAUGGAGCGGCACCUGCUGGAUUUAGCCAAAGAGGUCAUGCUUGAAGAAGCCCUGAGCUGUGGGGAUACAGAACGCUGUGUGAAGGAACUACAGGAAGUGUCCGUCAUGUGUCUUCAGCCCCGCCCUCAAACCUUGUGGGCCGUGGCUGGGCUGUUGACCUCUGAUGACCCUGAUGUGAUGAAGGCCGCUACAGCCUUCCUCUCCUCUGCUGCCUCACACAAACCCUUCAGGUCAAAGGCUGUUGAUUGUUACACACAAGCCUUAUCAGAAGUAGACAGAUCAAGAGAUGCAUGUGCCGCUUUGAGCUGCCUGCAGGCUGUGGAGAGCAUUGAUGCUGUGGUGUUACUGUGUGACUCAGCAGAUGAAGAUCUCUGCCAGAUUGCCAUAGAAACCCUCCUCACUUUCGGUGAAGACGGGCGGCUGGCAUACGAGCAGUUGGACACAGUACCGAGGGAAAUGGUGCGGCUCGGGACUCGCCACGGUAACGCUGUUACCACUUCAUUUUAGAAAAACGACUCGUUAUCCCUCCUGUGACCCUGCACACUUCAGACGUGAAAUACACACCACCUGCUAACAAGGGGAAAGUGAAGCUUGGCCUUUUCUUGCGAUUUAGGCCCAUAUCUUGAGACCUUCAUCACAGACUCUCCUUUUCUGCAGGAUGUUUACUUCUCGUGUCACAGUGGUCCGGAGUCAUUGUUGCUGAUUGAACAAUAAGAGUGUUAUUAUUGGAAGUUAGUUAUAUGCAGAUUGCAGUUGCACUGUUGGAGGCGUGUAAAUAGAAAGCAAAUCCUAUUUUAAUGUUGUCCUGGGAUUUUUGUUUUCCUCUGUACGUGCCGUUCCGUUUCAGGGAUUAUAAGGGACUGUUUUAAUGCUCCCCGCUUGAGUUUUUUUGACCUGGACAGACUGGGAAAGGAAAGAUUUUGUGUGCUGUUUGGACCCAGCCGGUUGUAUGGACUACUGAAAAAACCGGUGUGGAUGGUGGACUGCUGAUUUACUGCGCUUGCUUGCCUUCACUGGUCAGAAGGAAAUAUUUCUAUGGACGGAGCCUGUAGUGAACACUUGCAUUAACUUGGUACUAAUGCCUGAGCGCAUGGGAUCUUACAACAAGCGCUGUUUGGAGCCCAUCAGAGUAUCUGAAAAAGCACUUUUACACUAUAUUCAGUCAGAGAAGCGUGAUGCAUUACUGUGAGUUUUUGGUUUGUACGUAAAUGAAGACUGGAAGUAUAUUUUGCUCUGUGAUCCAAACUCGCUUCUGUGCCUAUUGUUACUGUACUACUGCGUCAUGUGACUGUAAUAUCAUUUGUUUUAUUUACAACAGAUUGUUUUAACGAUGUACUAAACAUCAGUUCACAAUAUGAUUAGGUAUUAUUGAUUAGGGCUAUUCACUAUGAAUUUUUAUAUAUAUAUAUAUAUAGUUGGCAUUUUACAUAUAGAAAGAUGUUUUAUUGAUCAGUAUCAUCUUUUAACAGUGUAUUCAUGGAGUUAUACAGUAUUUGUUCUCAAGGGAACCUUUCCUAAACGUCUUUUCGGUAUGCUAAUACACCUGACCUGAGAAAACGCUCUUUGGUAACCGAACACUUGCCUCGCUUUGACACGUUUACACACCGUGUUGAUCUUUAAAGCUCUCAAAUGUGAAUUUACGCUUAUGGCGGCAAUUAAAACGCAGUUUUGUAGAUCACCUGACCUAUUUUUGCAAUAUUUUCUAUGACAUUGAGAAUUGUACGGAAGCAGGGGCUUAAAUCUAUCAAAGGAGCACAUUAAUUUAUAUACUUCAGAAAGGUUACUGAAGUAUAUGCCUCACAAGCACAACUGUUUGGUGGUUGUUUUGGUGUUACUGUUAACAUGUUAUUUGGCAUUUACCGCACAAACUCCUAAAGCCAUAAUGAUACAGAAGUCAAUAUAUUUAAGGCCGUUUUGUGGUUUCUAUUUAUCAGAAUUAUCUAUAACAGAUAUUCAAAAAUAAUACUUUUGUUUAUGCUAGUUUUCUGUAUUCAGUCACAGAAAUUAAUGGCUGUGUUUUCUUUCUUUGUGAGUUUGUCUAAUGACCACCGUUACAGUAUUUGACCCUGGGCAUUGGUGAGCACUCCUUGAGAAUGUCUUUCUUUGCACAGAGAUAUCAAGUAAGAAGGUUGAAUUAACAUGUAUUGCCUUGUAUUCAUCUCAGACUGAAGCUCAGUGAAAUUCAAAUGCAUUUAUUGUUCAAACCUCAUUAAAAUGUAAAUUAAUGUCCUUCUUGAUAGGAAAGCUGUUGUUGUUAUGGUUUUGUGAGCAUGUGACUGUGUGUGUCCAGGGCUUGAGCGCACAGCUUGCAAUAGCUUUAGCUACUACUGUUUGAAUGAAAGCAGAUCUCACUUGAUGUCACAAUGCUAAUGUUCCCUCACGGUUUCAUUUUUUUUUUCUUUUCAUUUUUGAGUUUACUGUAUUUCCUCUGCUGAAAGUGGCAAUAAAAUUUAUUUUUACAUAA